GUCCCCAAUAUGCUAAAGAUCAUAUGGCUGAACGGAGCCUUCAUAUCCAUUCCUGGUUGUAUUGCUCAGAGUUAUCUCUACUGUGCAUCGGGUAGUACGGAAUGCUAUCUUCUUGCAGCGAUGGCCUAUGACCGGUACUUGGCCAUAUGUAAGCCUUUGCUCUAUAACAAAAUCAUGAGCCAGAAACUUCAAUAUUCCCUGGUAAUCUUUUGCUGGAUGCUUGGCUUUACAUCAACAUUGAUAACAAUGAGUCUUCUAACUCAGCUUCAAUUCUGUGGACCCAACAUCAUUGACCAUUACUUCUGUGAUCUGGCUCCAUUUGUUGACCUUGCUUGCUCAGACACUUCAGUUCUUGAGAUGGAAAUAUUCAUCCUCUCAUUCCCUAUCAUGGUCAUACCAUUUAUAUUGAUUUUAGUGAGCUACAGUUGUGUUGUCAUAGCCAUUCUACACAUGUCCUCUAUUACCGGGAGGAAGAAAGCCUUCUCAACCUGUAGCUCUCACCUCUCCGUAGUUAUUAUGUUUUAUGGGUCCUUAAUAAUAAUUUAUCUGGUUCCAUCAAGCUCACAAACCCUUAACAAGAUGAUAUCGGUAGUUUACACGGUGGUGACCCCCUUAUUUAAUCCCUUUAUAUAUAGUAUAAGAAAUAAGGAUAUUCGGGCUGUUAUACAUGACUUAUUUACUCUGCAACCAAUACAUAACAAGAAUUAA